AAGUGGCGGCAGCUCGAGUUGGUUUUGCCGUUUGCCGCUAAAUGAGGGCGUCGACACUUCACUGCGAAUAGCGCAUCGGCGCGUUAUUCGCCCGCAGAGCGCUCGUAUACGCACUCGCGGCCAGUGCGUUUUUGUAUCGUAAACAAAUUGGAUUCGACGCGAGUUUUCUGGCAUGUUUUCAAGUUUUCAGUGACUGUGGACGUUUUUCAGCCAGUCCCCGGUCCUCGCGCUAUUUCAAGAUCUCUGGAUUUCAUUGCACGUCGCGAGGCGUGCAACGAAUAUGUCUGAAGUACCUGCAGUUGCUCCAAAGUUCAUUCACAUAGAUUAAUAGCCUCAGCAUUACUACCUAUAUUCCAACAUGUUCAAUUUUAUGAAGAAAGGCCCUGCUGGGCCUUUGGAGCGAGAAGAGAAGGAGAAGCGGAAGAAGGAAAAAAGGGAGCAGAAAGAACGAAAGGACAAAAAGAGGGAUCGUAGCUCCAUGACAGCAGAAGAGCUGUUACGCCUUGAUGAAGUUCGACGAUCGCUAAAGUUACGAGGGAGGCGAAAGGAGAAAGAGAAACUCCCCAGUGGAAUAACAGCUGAUUAUAGUGCUAGUUUCUUUGGAGAUCUGGAAAGACUAAGCCCUGAAAGAGAGGGCUCUGAAACAGAUGGUCGCAGAGAACGCACUGCAAGUCUCCCUUUGGGACAAAGUUUAUCCGCCUAUAAUUCCAGCACCAUGGGAGGGAGUUCAUGGGGUCGAGGAACAGAUACUUUGACACAUAGUGAUAGUUCUGAGGCUAGCUCUAACUCCCUCAAUCAGCAGCCUCAACUAUCCAAAGUUCAGCAGAAAGUACUACCACCCCUACCUCCCCGACCACCUAAACGAGGAAUCCUAAAGCAAGGCCCUCGCUCCAGUACUUCAAGUCUUGCAAGUGAUGGUGUACCAACUAAUUUUGAAAGUCAAGCUGUCGUUGAUCCUAAUGCUGUUCUUGUGAGGAACACCAUUCAGAAUGAAGUCAUCACUUACCAGAAUCUUCCUUCCCAUUCCAAGUCAACUUCAAGUUACCUCUUUCCAGAGGCUGAUGCAAGCAGUGCACUAUCUGUUCUUCUUACAUCAGAUAACUCUGCUCCUAGCCCAGAUUUUUCCAGUGAAAUAAUGUCUCCCCUAAGUGCACGCAGUGCAGAUCAUGCCCCUAACAAUUAUUUGAGUGUUAUGUCAUCACAUCAUGAGAAGAAACUUUCAAAAGCAAGUCUGAGCCCAAGUGCUGAGUCUUUGACUGACACCACCACUAAUUCAAGCUUUGCUACUCCGCCAUUUAGUUUGUCACCUGUUGGUGAAAGUCAAGGUUUCCAUGGCUUUGGUGGACGUUGGAGCAAAUAUGUUUCAAAUACUUUUGAGGACAUGUGCUCCGAACUACCACCUCCUCCCAUCACCCCAGUGCCUUUACCCCAACCCCGUGAACUAACUAUUCAAAGGCAGCCUCCACCUAGAAGUGAUUUUGGUUUUUCGCUCCGUCGAGCUAUUAUUGUUGAUAGAAUUGAGACAUCUCAAGGAGUCACUAUGCAUUCCAAAGCAGUUAUAUUUGCCGAACCAGGUGCUAUUAUCCAGCAUAAUAAUGAAACUGGCCUGCUCCCCGGUGACAGACUGAUUGAAGUCAAUGGCAUCCCUGUCGAUGACAAGUCUAGAGAAGAAAUAAUUGGCCUCAUCAAAUCUUCUGGCUCAAGUGUUACUGUUAAGGUUCAGCCUGUACCUGAACUUUGUGAACUCACCCGGCGUUCGGCGGACGGUACGCUGGUCGAACUGGACGACUCCAACAUCCGCGGCGGCACCUUGCGGCGCAGUGGGAGCCGGCGCUUCAAAAAAUCAGCGGCGAAGAGCGACGAGCAGCUGGCCACCGAGAGGGCGUGGCUGGACGCGGAGAAGCUGUGGCUGGUGCACCGCAAGGGCUUCACGGCGGCGCAGGGCGGGCAGCGCGCCCAGGGCCAGGACGACGAUGACGCGAACAGGCUGCACGUGCGCGUCGAGGCCACCCAGGAGGUGCUCACCGUGGACGACGAUGACGUCGAGAGGGCGAACCCGCCCCAGUUCGACCGCUGCGAGGACCUGGCGCAGCUGCGCUACCUCAACGAGUCCUCGGCCCUGCACACGCUGCGCCAGCGCUACGCCAGCAACCUGGUGCACACGUACGCCGGGCCGGCGCUGCUCGCCGUCAACCCGAUGGUGCCGCUGGCCAUCUACAGCGAGAAGGUGGCGCACAUGUUCCGCGGCUGCAAGCCCGAGGACAUGCCCCCGCACAUCUACGCCGCCGCGCAGGCCGCCUACCGCGGCGCGCUCGCCUCGCGCCGCGACCACUCGCUCGUCUUCCAGGGCCGCUCCGGCUCGGGCAAGACGUGCAACUUCAGGCACGCCCUGCACUACCUGGUGCUGGCCGCCGGAUCUGUCAACAAGGUCCUUACGCCCGAAAAGUUGAGCUCCGUGUGGACACUGCUUGAGGCGUUCGGCAACGCCCGAACGGCCAUCAACGCGAACGCCACCCGGUUCACGCAGAUCUUCUCGCUGGACCUGGACCAGUCGGGACAGAUCGCCUCGGCCUCGCUCCAGCUGCUGCUGGCGGAGCGCUGGCGCGUGGCGCGCCGCCCCGCCGGCGAGUCCAACUUCCACGUCCUCUACCGCCUGCUGGCGGGCGCCGAGGGCGCGCUGCGCCGCGAGCUGCAGCUCGACGCCGUCUACGGCGCCGACGCCAACGCGUUCGUGACGCCGCUGCAGAAGGUGGAGGAGAAGCAGAAGGCCGAGCUCGAGUUCUCGCGCGUCUGCUCGGCCAUGAGCCUGCUGGGCGUCUCGGACGCCGAGCAGCGCGUCGUCUGGUCCGUGCUGGCGGCCAUCUACCACCUGGGCUUCGCGGGCGCCGUCAAAGCCGACAAAAGCCAGCGCUGGCAGUUCGCGAGCCCACAGGCCGCCGCUCGGGCGGCGCUGCUGCUGGGCGUGCCCGUCGAGGAGCUGGCGCGCGCGCUGUUCGGCUCGUCGGGCGGCUCGGGGACCACAUCCACGCCCCAGUCGGGCAGCCCGUCGAGCGGCCCCGGCGCCCCCGGGGGCCGCGGCUCGUACCGGACGCCCUCGCCGUCGCCGUCGGAGCGCAGCGUGUCGCUGGGUCUCGACCGCGGCGAGCUGACCGGCGUCGAGGCGCUCGAGGGCUUCGUCGUCGGCCUGUACGCCGAGGUGUUCGGCGCCGUGGGCGCACUCAUCAACCGCAGCCUGAGCUCGCAGAGCAACACGGUGGUGUCGCUGCUGCUGCUCGACUGCCCCGGACUGCAGAACCCGGCCUCGUGUGGCAACCAGGUGGGCGCCACCUUCUACGACCUGUGCCACAACUACCUGGCCGAGCGGCUGCAGCUGCUGUUCCACCACGCCGAGCUGGUGACGCCGCGCGACCGCUACAGCCAGGAGGGCAUCGAGUGCGACGUGGGCGAGGCUGACGCCGACGGCGACCUGGACGGCUCGACGGCGCCGCUCGUGGCCAUGAUCGACCGGCCGCCGGCGGGCGCGGGCAUGAUGCGCAGCUCGCAGACGGACCUGAGGCGCGGCGCCGGCGGCCCCGAGGCGGAGCGCCGCGGCCUGCUCUGGCUGCUGGAGGAGGAGGCCAACCAGCUGGGCGCCAGCGACGGCUCCUUCGUCGACCGCCUCUUCUCGCACUACAGCGACCGCGACCACCAAGUGCUGCUGCGCAAGGCGCCCGGCAGCAACCAGUUCGUGCUGCAGCACCUGCAGGGCACCAGCCCCGUGCUCUACUCGGCCAACGGCUGGCUCAAGAGCUCGCGCGAGAACCCCACGACCCGGGCGGCCGGCGCGCUGCUGCAGGAGAGCAGCAAGGAGGACACGAGCAAGCUGUUCGUCAGCUGCCGCGGCACGGGCAUCUCGUCCACGCUGGGCGGCUCCGUCGUGUGCGGCUCCGCGGGGCUCGGCGGCGAGUCGGGCGGCACCCUGAGGAGGGCGUCCAGCAUCCGCCGCACGCUCAACGCCGGCACCGCCGCCAUCAAGCGCAAGUCCGUCGCCCUGCAGGUCAAGUUCACCGUGG